AUGUGUUCCCAAGAAUCGCUCUCUCACUUUCUGAAGAAGAGGAGACUUCCAUAUACCAGGACCCAGGAAGGAUCAGUGGAACAAACCCCUAGGCCUGCCCCUAGGGCUUAUGUGGCACUCCGGGAGAUUAAACUCCUCUGGGAGGCCCCAGAACAUAGAAGAGGUCUGGGCAAUAAACAGUUUAGCAUAGAAGAGCUUCUAUCUCAUGGCAAGAAGAAACCAGAACAUCUUCCACGGCUUACAAGCUCUGUUAGUGAGGGCCAUUCCCCUGACCCUAAAGGCUGUCUGAACAUAGUCUCCAAAAGGUUCCAGCGGGGUGACUCUGCGGAAGGCCAGGGGCACAGGCGGACAUUUCCCGGACACUUGGAUUUGCCAAAGAACAGUCCCAAAGCAGUAACAGCGUGGGAGGCGCAGGUGAACAGGAGAACAAUGGCGUUGCUUGGCAAAGUCAGGAAGCAAACAGAGAAAACCCCAGAAGACGCCAGGCAGUUCCUGCAACAAGAGGUGGUUGUGAACAACAAAAACCCAACCAAGAAAUGUCAGCAGCUAAAGAACCUAGAGGAUCUGAGGAGGGACCAUCUGGAAGGAGGAGGAGACAUAGAACUCAGACAGCCACGAGGACCCUACAGAUACGACAAACACGUUGCUCCUUUAGACGAAAACAUCUUUUUGCAGGGCAAGAAGAUCAAGCCCCAUUCUAGACGUCCAAUGCAGGCAGUGUGCCCUCCAUCAGUUAGAGAGGAGAAGCCGGGAGAAAAGCUGAAGCCGGAGCCAUCAGGGCAAGACACACUGGAAGACAUGAAAGCUUCUAAAGAAAGGGAAGCACAAGCUCAAUUCCUGCAGGAAAAUACUUUCCUGGAGGGACCAUCAAGGGUAUUGGGCCAGAAUCUGCUGGCAGAAGCCAAAUCCCAGCUUCUAAACAGGAGGAAGAUGCAGGCCUUGGAAAUGGCCAAAUCUCAUGAUAAAGAAUUCUGGGUGUUCGGCACCAGACGGAAAAUACAGCUGCCUUUUCAGGACAGCAAACAGGGUGCUUCAAGAAGAAACAUAGUGAGGCAUAAGUGGCAGCCUAGGGAGGAAGGCUGGGACCCCACAAUUCAGGGGACCCCAGUUAUUCUUGUAGCUCGUGCACAUACUUAA